AUGGCUGAGUUGUAUGGAGGUAUUGAAAACUGUCCAUACACCGAAGGUGAUGCUAAAAAUUUGCGUGUUGAGUACCGCGCUAAAUAUAGAGGUAAAGAUGUGAAGGCGACGCUUGAGUACUUUGAAGAAUUAAAGAAGGAAGAUCCGGAAUUCUAUUAUAGUUACACUCUUGAUGAGUUUGACAGGGUUGAUAAUCUGUUUUGGGUGGAUAUUGCAGCAAGGAGAGCUUAUGAGCUGUAUAGUGAUUGUUUGUCCUUUGACACUACUUAUUUGACCAAUGCCUACAACAUGCCAUGUGCUCCUUUCAUAGGGAUUGAUAGGAAUGGCAUAACAAUCCAACUGGGUUGUGGCUUUCUGAGGAAUGAGAAGACUGAGGGUUUUGUCUGGCUGUUUACUGAAUUCAAGAAAGCAAUGGGCGGCAAGGAUCCUGCAAAUAUAAUAACUGAUCAAGAUAUUGCGAUGAAGGCUGCUAUAGCAGAGGUAUUUGUCAGUUCAGUUCAUAGGAAUUGCCGUUGGCACAUUAUGGAAAAUGCUAGGAAGACAAUGGGUCCUUUCUUGGAUAGCAAGGGGGAUGAUAAGCAAGAGUUGGCGGAUGACUUCAAGGAUUGUAUUGACAAUAGCUUCACGCCGGCAGGGUUUGAGCAGAAGUGGCAGGCUUUUCUGGAUAAAUAUGAGCUCAACAAUGAUGAGAGGUUCCAACAUUUGUAUGACAUGAGACAUUGUUGGAUCCCUGCGUAUUUCAUGCAUUGUUUCUUCCCCUUCCUCCAAACAACAGCACGGAGUGAAGGCUUCAAUGCUGUCCUGAAGCACUAUGUCAACCCAAAGAACUCGAUACUCAACUUUGUGCAGCAAUAUAAGAAGAUACAACAAAGGAUUUUCAGCAAGCAAGAUUUGCAAGAGGCGGCCACAGCCACGAAGGCGUUGCCCCAAUCUGUUGUAUGGGACACGGACAUUCAGGGUCACGUCGUCCAGGGUGGAGGGCUUAUAUAG